CGGAGUUUACUAUCUCGUUAUGCCACAUGAAGAGAACGAAUCUAUCCGAGUUUACUAUCUCGUUAAAAAUCAAGGCCUUAAAAUCAUUGAAAACGCUGAACGGUUGUGCGAGACUAUGGGGAGCAGUCCAAAAUCAUCAUCAACGGCCCUUGAGCUCGCGCGCGCCCGCAUACACGAUCGCGCUCGGUAUAGAAGGGUCACGCGUGAAAACACGAAGGAUUCUUCUAGUCGCAACACAGAUCUCAAAGGUCGGCGAAAAGCGGGGGGCGAGUUUCUCCAGAAUUCGGAUCUUUGCGACGGGAGCUCGGAUGACGAUUUGGGUACACUGGACGCAUCUCGACUAUUUGACUUGGACGGAAAUGAUACCCUGGUCCAAGUAUCUCAGUCAAGUCGGGUCUUUCUUCUAUCGUCCAUGUUCGCUGAGAACUUUCUUUUAGCCAGCACUGAACAUGCCAGUUGCAGCGAGUGUACACGUAUUUCUCCCAGCGAGGCGACCCUGAGAAGACUUGUUCAUUCAUGGCACUCAUGCACUUAUUUAGCGAUGAGUUGCCAACACGGAAUGCUUCAACAUUGUAGCCUGGGGUACAAGGGGCUACGCGAGCCUGCUCUCAAGUCUCGGUUUGCCAGACAUGAAGAGUCGCUGUUUGCAUCCACGGCAUCUAUGCUGCUAUACUCAGCACAGGUUGGAAUAUACACUCCUGUACCCCCACCACUAGCCUCCCUGUUGCUGGAACUCGGCCAGGCCAGGGCGAGUGAACGCAUCUUGUACGAAAAAGUCUCUCAAUCUAUAUCAAUCCGGGGGAAUGCGGUCACAAGCGCGGAGACUGCAUUGCAACUAGAGAGUCUAUACUCCCGCGAGGGAUUAUUGCGAGCAGGCUUGGAUCCGCUCGAGCACUAUCAUCAACGACCACCACUGACAUAUGUGCAGCCUGGUUGCGAUGAAUCUGUUUCUGGAGGCGUCGUGCAAGGGGCAGAUCUUCAGAUUUCACUCGCAAGUGUGGCCCUUUUUGACCACCCCUUGUUUGGUCCCGAGGAUAGACUGUAUUCGCAGCUACGCUUGCUUUAUGGCGAGUAUCAUCGCCAUCUCAAAACACUGCUGGACGCCCUGGCAAAGAGAGCAUGUACAAAGGAAGCUUGCUUGUCAAACAGUGAAAUGGCAGAUGCUUUCAAGCUUAGCACUGAGUGCUUUCGUACUCUCGAAUUACUUGCAUCAGAAGAACAGACGCUGAGCGAACUCGCAGAGGCUCUAUAUACCACCUGGAAUCAACUCAAAGGCCUUCGCCAGCACCAGAGGUUCAUCUCAACUCCCGCAAAACUCGUUGCCAUUAAUGUUCAUCACUCAAAUCAGUCUAGCUCGAGAAGACCACGGCCAUGUCCGAUUAAAAAAAUGCUGAGUGACUUCGAGGCAAUGUUACCUCGACUUGCAUUGCUCGCCUCAGCUCANAAAGAUAGUCCUCCCGCAAGUGGCAAAUUGCGCCGAGAAUCCUUGAUGGUCCUUUUCAGAAGGUGUCGCAAAUCCCUCGUUCUGACCUCUGAUUUUGUGCUGAAGCUGUAUACCACUGCUGAGCUUACUUCUAGUGACGAUCGUACACUGCCAGUACAAGAAGUGAUGCGUCGCCGUCGAGUGCACCAGUACCAGAUCUACGCUAUUUUGAAGGUCAACGACCGCAAAGUUGCUGCCAUGUCGCCUAGGCCCAUAGCGUGGCCUGCCUUUAUGAUUCAAUUCGACCAGAAGUUGAAACUCAGAGUCGCUAGGCGACCUGCAAAGGUUGAAAUUCAUCUGUGGCAACGUCGGCUUGCGAUUGAUCUCUGUUUCGUAAGAUUGCUCGUGCCGGUGCCGGGCAUGUCACCGCAUCACGACACAGCCAACAAUUAUUCACUUGCGCCGUUAGCUGACUGGUUCCAGUUUACUUCUCCCGAGGUCGAGUGGGACGUCAAAUUUGUAGUCGGAGAAGAUGUCGACGUGUAUGUUAUGGAGGGAGCGACCACGAAACUUCUGGGCUGCAUCUGCAAGGCGUGCUCGGGUGGCAGCUGGCGACACAGAGCUCAGGGGGGUACCGGCACUUGGACUCGUGGGGUAAUAGCCGCCGUUCGAUGGCGUUGCUAUGAUAUCAGACUACAUCAUAAGUUGCUUCAUGCAAUCCCAGCAUCAUCCAUAAGAAGACAUGGGGCUGUGUUUGAAGCUCGACAGCGACAGCUUGCCGGUGCUGCGUUAAUCUCUGUUCAUUGGACGACCAAUCUGCAGAAUUGGGUCGACAGUCCACACACCUCCGCUGGUCGUUUUGCUGGAAUCUGUAAUAUACCCCCGAGACCAAGCGAGCCAAGUCAUCAGUCGACAACUUCAUGGCUUCAGUCUAAACGAGCCGGGACUUCAGACCCAUAUUUCAACUCUGUUACCGCGAGUGAUAGUAAUUUGAACACAAAGACUAUCAAUCAUCCAUCAAAAAUGAUUGGAUACUCAGACUUGUUUGAUCCGAAUGACCCACGAUGCGCUUCCCUAGUGCAUCGACUCACAAAGCAACGUACCAUGAGCUUGGGGUUGUCGGAAGUAUUUCGUGUUGACGAAACACGCGCGCGCAUCAUUUUCCGUGCGGCUAGGGGUCAGGUUCAAAGCGAAUGCAGGGCACCCCUUGAAGGUUGUGGCACCCAUGUAUCAGGUAGCGGUUCGCUUGGUGUCACCUUGGAGAGCUAUAAUCGCAUUGCUUCUCCAUCUCGACAUCGGCUUUUGCGUCUUCGGAUGUACCAGCCGACAUUCUUUGAUCAGCCUCUCCCUGCAACGGACGCGGCCACGUCCACAAACACCUAUUUACGAGGAUUGAUUCUGCAGGACGACAUGUGGCGUAAAUAUAUUAGAAAGAAGCCCAUCGAUGCUGAUGAGGCGAACGGACGCCAUGUGCAUUCUUGUGAGGACUACAAUGGGGCGCUUGCAUUCAUACGACGAGUUCAGGAAUGUAUUACAGAACGCGGACGCUCUUUGAAUGAUAUUCGUUCCCCCCUGUCAGCGAUAGUGAGCGAGGGAACUCCUCUACCGCAGCUGCGUGCACGUGGGCUAGUUGAUGUUGCCCUGGAAUUCACAGCACGAAGGCGGCGUGCAUUGAGGCCUCCCCGACAGCGACGCACAAGUGCCGCGUCGCCGGGGAACGACUGCUCUAUUCUUGUGCAAGUUGUUUCUGCUCACCAUGUCCUAGAAAGACCGCAGGUUGAUAUCAAAUCAAAAACAGGAACAAUAGAUUCGAUGGAUACGACGAGUCGAGAUGCCAAAGCGAGACUGGCCAGUGAAACAGGAUUCUUUGUCUCUGCUACCUUUCAGGAGCAUCGCCGUCGCACCAUGCUCGCGAUGGGAUACACACCUCGUUGGAAAGAAACACUAGAUCUGCCAUUUCUCCCAACAUCAGGUGAUUUCUCACCAACCAAUUUGAUGCAGGUGGGCGACUGUUUGAGGUUGAUUCUCUUCUCUGAAACUGCUCUAAGUGGCCUGCCAGGAUACGAUCUCAGACAAAGCGACAAUCACCAAAACGAAAGCCCGGUGAGGCGUGCGUUUGUGGGCGAUGUUGAAAUUCCAUUCACAACCCUGUAUUGCAACGGUGGGAUUGAAGGAUUUUUAGAAGGGACAUUUGAGCUCCGAACGCCUGUCCUGCAUCUCAGCACUCGCAACCGUAUUAACGCUCCGCGAAUUGUGAACGAUGGGCCUGGGGUGCAAGACAGAGAGUUCGACAUGUACAUUCAUCUUGCAAUUUUCCUGCGCCCUCCUUUGGCGGCGCCGGUCAAACUUCCUACAAUUGUAUCAUCUCUGGAGGAAGAAAGCCUGAUACGCUACGGAACAAACUGGAUCCAACAGCUUCGGAUUUUUCUGGAGAACAUAAAUGAGAUCGUCAAGCGACCAGUCGAUGGCCGAAUCCCGAAACGCGUUGUAACAGUAUUCGGAAAUAACAUGAAGGGGGACGCUGUUCUUAUUUGUCGAUAUCUGUUACCUCAAAACCCCCCCCCGGGCAUAGACUCGUUACUCAGAGCUGCACGAUUUGUGAGCCUUAUCCCUUUCCUAGAUGAUUGGCAAACGUUUGGAUGCGCAAAUCUCGAUGUUUGGUGCACGUCUCAGGAAUUUCUUGACAUAGGGGCGGGAGAUUGGGAAGAGCAUGGCAUCCUUCUACACAAUUUUAUUUGGUGGCUACAAAUUCAUGCUAAUGUGCUUGGAUCAACAAACGAAAACAUCUAUUUGGUGAUAGGCUCCGGAAUUCCGGAAGGUAACACUGUAUAUGUAAUGCAACAAAGUAACGCCAGGUCGACGCGCGUUGCAGACGGAGUCACAUUAUGGAACGCAUGCACUGGUGAAACGUAUUCAGCCACAGAUAGUCUGUGUCCUUUGGUCGACAUCGGUUGUAUCUUGAAUGGAGUAAUGCAUCCUCAUUUACUUACAUAUGAAUUUGAUGACAACAAUUGCUGGCGUCCUUUUUUUUCGGAUCCCUCCCGGCGCACGGUCGACUGCUGUGCUGGCUGGGUUUGCGUUUGUAAUCCUGGUCCUACACAAAUCUCUCGGCCCAAGACGCUAACAUCAGUCCAGGAAAUAUCGCUUCAGUAUGACGGCCCAGAUGUUAUCCACGCCGAAAAAAUUCAAACAGAACUCGGAGACGAGAUCAAGGGACUUCAAGAGGCCAACAAUCACAUGACAGCCUCAUUGGAGUCACAAAAAAUUGACGCCCUCGGUCUCGGCCAGAUAUGGGAUUUUGAGGCCAUCGCGUUCAACAUGUCCUUUACCAAUCUGAAUUCCAUCCUCGGACGUUUGCGUGCUACGAAUAUUCAUGAAGACGAUCGUCGUGAUGUUCAGUUUGUUGUUGGGGUGUAUGUAUGGGUCUAUUACGGGACGGCCUGCGCACGCGAAGCACAAGCACAGGACUCGAUACAGAGCGCGAGAACGGCUCGAUCGCUGAACCACGCGCAAAGCGUGCGGUUUGAGCACGUUACCGCUCGCCGCGAAUGCGUUCCGCGCCGUUGCAGGCCAAACCACGCGGCACAACUAUGCGUAGCAAUACUGUCGAGACUCAAACGGCUUCAGCUGGUCGCGCAACGGCCCUACCGCCGAUCCUGA